AUGGGAUUCCUUCCAUUUGGCUUCUGUAUUCUCUUCUUGUUCUUCUUCUGUAGUGUUCAGGCUCAGCAAGCUUACAUUGGGCAGGGGACAAACAACUGUUCGGUCACAACAAAUUCAGCUCUGGGAUACUCCUGCAAUGGCGUCAACAGAACCUGUCAAAGCUACCUCACCUUCAGAGCUCAACCUCCAUUCACAACUGUUGCUUCAAUCUCCACCCUCAUGGGUUCUAACCCGUCUCAGCUGGCAGCAAUCAACUCUGUCCCUCAAACAGCAACCUUCAACACAAACCAGCUGGUUAUUGUUCCUGUUACUUGCUCGUGUUCAGGUCAGUACUACCAGUCAAACACAUCAUACGUUGUUCAACCUGGAGAAAGCUUUUUCCUCAUAGCUAAUGAUACUCUGCAAGGACUCUCUACUUGCCAAGCUAUUAGAAAUGGGAAUAGUAGAACAACGGUCAAUAUAUUUCCCGGUCAACGACUUAAUGUUCCUCUUAGAUGUGCUUGCCCUACGAGGAACCAAACUGGCCAAGGGAUCAAUUAUAUAUUGAGUUAUUCAGUCACUUGGGGGGAUAUGGUUUCAACGGCGAGUUCUAGAUUUGAUGGUGAUACUAACUGGACUCUCCAGGCUAACGGACUUACUCAGCAGAGUGCCACAAUCUUCCCAUUCACUACCCUCCUGAUCCCACUGCAAAACCCGCCGUCCAGUAUCCAAACUGUGUCUCCGCCACCACCUCCAGCUUCCCCUCCUCCACCAGUCCAGCCUUCUACACCUGGCUCCAGCUCCAGCAAGACGUGGGUCCAUAUCAUUGCUGGUGUUGUUGGAGGAAUCGUUGCUACUUUGGCUAUUGUUGGAAUUGUGGUUUACUGUCUGCGGUUCCGGAGAAGGAAGGUGAAGUUGGAGCCGACUGGCACUUCUUCCGAGAGCUUUGAGGCUGCGGAGAAGAAGUCUACGAAGAAUAAGGGAGAAGAAGAGCCUGAUGGUUUCUUCUUGGAGAGGUUAUCUAGUAUUGCCCACUCCAUCCAAGUUUACACAUUUGAGGAGGUGGUGGCUGCGACUGAUAAUUUCAGCCCCAAAUGUUUGAUCAAAGGGUCUGUUUAUCGAGGCAAGAUUAAUGGUGAUCUUGCUGCUAUCAAGAAAAUGGAUGGUGAUGUGACGAAGGAGAUUAAUUUACUGAACAAGAUCAACCAUUCCAACCUCAUUCGUCUCUCUGGUGUCUGUUUUAAUGAUGGCAAUUGGUAUCUGGUUUAUGAGUUUGCUGCAAAUGGAGCUUUGAGCGAUUGGAUCUAUUCAUCCACCAACGGUGGAAAGGCAUUGACUUGGCCUCAAAGAAUCCAGAUUGCUGUGGAUGUAGCUUUGGGACUCGACUAUUUACACAGUUUCACGAAUCCUCCACAGGUUCACAAGGAUAUAAAAGCUGGGAAUGUGCUUCUCGAUGGUGACUUCAGGGGCAAGAUAGCAAACUUGACACAUGCAAGAUCGGCCGAAGGACAGGAUGGGGACUUCAACCUUACAAAGCACAUUUUUGGGACGAAAGGUUACAUGGCUCCCGAGUAUUUGGAGAACGGUCUGGUUUCUACAAAGAUUGAUGUUUUUGCAUUUGGAGUUCUUCUUCUGGAGAUGAUAACUGGGAAAGAAGUUGCUUCCUUGUAUAAAGAGGGAGUUGAUGGUUUGUCUGGUGUUGUGAAUGAAGUUCUUCUUUCUCAAGAUGGUGGAGAUAAUAUCAUGGGAUUUCUUGACCCAUCAAUGGAAGGGAACUUUCCAUUAGAGUUUGCUGGCUUUGUGGUGAGGCUAGUUGAAGGCUGUCUUAAAAAGAACCCUGGGGAGCGUCCAGCUAUGAACGAGCUUGUGCAAUCUCUUUCAAGAAUCUUGACAGCUUCACUGUCAUGGGAGUUAUCGAACAACAUCUCAGAGUACAGGAAUCUCAGAGAUGAAACUUGA